CAUUUUUUGGCAUUGAAAAAUUUUCUUUGAUAAAACUUGUAGCAGUCUGUGUUAGUGUUAUUGGAGUGAUUUUAAUUUCUACUAGAGAUACAGCUGGUUCACCACAAGAUCAACCUAUAAAACCUUUAAUUGGUGACAGUCUUGCUUUAAUCGGGGCAAUUUUCUAUGGGUGUUACACGGUCUUGUUAAAAUUACGUAUUCAGAAUGAAUCACGUGUUGAUAUGCCAUUAUUUUUUGGAUUUGUUGGUUUAUUCAAUGUGAUAUUACUUUGGCCAGGAUUUUUUCUGCUUGAUAUUCUGGAAAUUGAAAAACUUCAACUCCCUCCAAACGGAACAAUUUGGACAAUGGUUAUAAUUAACGCACUGAUAGGUACUUUUUUGUCUGAUUAUCUUUGGCUAUUAUCCAUACUCAUGACUUCUCCAUUAGUAGUCACAUUGGGAUUAUCACUGGCAAUACCUUUAGCUUUAAUUGGUGACAUAUUUUUUAAAGGUAUUGUUGCGGAUGAAGGUUAUUGGUUAGGUGCAUUGAUGAUUUUAGGUGGUUUUCUUGCUGACAAAUUAUCAACAACAUUUGAGUUAACAUUUACAAAUUGA